AGGAAACAGAAGUCACUGGAAAGCGAGAAUUUGAUAUGAAGAAUAGUUAACUAGGCAUAGCAUAGUUAAUCAGUCACUGAAAAGUCAGAAAGAGGACACGGGGUCAUCUUGAAUGUAGCAACUGCAGGAGGCCCAAUGACCGCAGGGCUCGUGGGACGGACCUGGGAGGAGAGGCCAGGUGGACGCAGGACCUGGGUCUCUGGGACCAGGCGUGGCCGGCUGGUGUGUGUGUCUCUGAAAUGGACACCAGGCAGCCGGCCCUGCAGUGUGGGAAGAUGCUAACUGGCCUCAGCUGCUACCGGGAAGCGGGCACUGCUACCAGGGUGAGGAAGCAUGGCUGGGUGACCCUCUGAGCAACAGCUACAAGUAAGGAACCCAAAAAAUCAAACUUCUAGAAAGAGCAGGCCCGACUCUGCCAGCCUAUGAGAACACAAAGAUCCAUAGGACACAGAUGUGUGUGUUUCCAGUGAAGGAGGCAGGCAUCUAAAGAAAACUUGGCGAUAGCAUGCGAUGAAUACUCAACAGCCUGGAAGGGGCCCAGCAGAAGUGCUAAUUACCUGUCUGAGCGCGUAAGAGGCAGAAAUGAGAGCAAGAAAAGGAAAGUGAAAAAACAUGUUCCUGUCAUCUCCACUCUGUCGCGGGACGUCUCCCCGCCCUGCCGGGCUCCCGCCCACUGAGCCUGGGUCUCUGACCCUCCCGUCCUGGUCUCUCUGAGCCCCAGGCCCGAGGAGUUACGACUUGGGCAGUGUGGCUUCUCAGUUUUCUGCCAUAGAAAGAGUUGCCCCGUGGCUGGUCUGCGCAUCUCACCUCCGCCUUCCACCGUGUGUCCUUGACUGAAGAUGGGAGGUUUGUUGUAAAGAUCAAGCAACGCCACGUAUGUGAAAGCACCUGAAAACUAUCAAGCGGCCUUCAAAUGUGAAGUAUUAGACUCUCUGCCUUUUUCCUUGUUUUUCUGGAGUCAUUUUCAGUGUUUGGCUUGUGCGUGAUGGCAGAAGGCACUUACAAUGGAGCCCCGGGUGACGAAGAAGCCGGCAGAGGGGCUCAGAGCUGCGAGGGCCGCGACAGCAAACAGGCAAAGGGCUUCUCGGCGCUUCCGACGGCCCGGGUGGGGACCGCGGGGCUUUCACCACUGGCGGCGGCGGGAGAGCGGCCAGGGUCCUGAGCGCUCGUGGCGGGUCGAUCCGGGCGAAGGCCUCGGGGGGCGAGGGCGGCGGCCCCACAGCCCGCGCACCCUGCGGCAGCAUUACCGGAGGAGGGAGGGUCCCGUGCGCCGGGGAGCCGCAGCGGCGGAGGGCGCCCGGGGCGGGGGCCGCGAGUUGGGCCGCGGCGGGCCGGGCGGGCAGCUCGCGGCCGCUGCACGGCGCCUCCCAGGCCCUCCCUGCGCUCCCCACCCCUUCCCUCCGCGCGCCGCGCCGGCCCCGACAGGAGCGGCCCGAGCCGCGCUGGCCGAGCAGGCCCGACGCGCACCCAGGACCGGGGCCGCCGCCCUCCCCGUCUCCCUGGGACGGCAUCGGCCCCCCGCUCCCCAGGAGCAGCACGCGGGCGGCCGGGACGUCCCGAGGAGGCCGGCCGCCCGCGGCCACGUCCCGGCCCGGCCCAGGCGCGCGGAGGAGAGGAGCCCGGGGCCGGCGCUCGCUCGCACUCCCUCCCGGACGCGCCGGCGCCGCAGCCUCGAGGGCCUGCGCCUCCCCCGGCCGGAGCUUCCCGCGGCGCUCGCAGCUUCCCUCCGCUCCUGCCGCGGCGCGCGAGCUCCCAUCAGGUCCCCCCGGCCCGGCCCCAACAUGCUGGACGGCCUGAAGAUGGAGGAGAACUUCCAAAGCGCCAUCGAGACCUCGGCCUCCUUCUCCUCGCUGCUGGGCAGAGCGGUGAGCCCCAAGUCUGUCUGCGAGGGCUGUCAACGGGUCAUCUCGGACAGGUUUCUGCUGCGGCUCAACGACAGCUUCUGGCACGAGCAGUGCGUGCAGUGCGUCUCCUGCAAAGAGCCCCUGGAGACCACCUGCUUUUACCGGGACAAGAAACUCUACUGCAAGUACGACUAUGAGAAGCUGUUUGCCGUCAAAUGCGGGGGCUGCUUCGAGGCCAUCGCGCCCAACGAGUUUGUUAUGCGGGCCCAGAAGAGCGUGUACCACCUGGGCUGCUUCUGCUGCUGUGUCUGCGAGCGGCAGCUCCAGAAGGGGGACGAGUUCGUCCUGAAGGAGGGGCAGCUGCUCUGCAAAGGGGACUACGAGAAGGAGCGCGAGCUGCUCAGCCUGGUGAGCCCAGCGGCGUCAGACUCCGGCAAAAGUGAUGAUGAAGAAAGUAUUUGCAAGUCAGCCCAUGGAACUGGGAAGGGAAGUGCUGAGGACGGCAAGGACCACAAGCGCCCCAAGCGCCCCAGAACCAUCUUGACGACCCAACAGAGGAGAGCAUUCAAGGCCUCGUUUGAAGUGUCCUCCAAGCCGUGCAGGAAGGUAAGGGAGACCCUGGCUGCAGAGACAGGGCUGAGUGUCCGGGUCGUCCAGGUGUGGUUCCAGAACCAGAGAGCUAAGGUGAAGAAGCUGGCCCGGCGGCAACAGCAGCAGGAACAGCAGGGCGGCCGGAGGCUGAGCCCGGCUCAGACAAAUGGUGGUGGGAGUGCUGGGAUGGAGGGCAUCAUGAACCCCUACACGGCUCUGCCCACCCCGCAGCAGCUUCUGGCCAUUGAGCAGAGUGUCUACAGCUCCGAUCCCUUCCGACAGGGCCUCACCCCACCCCAGAUGCCUGGAGACCACAUGCACCCCUACGGUGCUGAGCCCCUUUUCCACGACCUGGAUAGUGACGACACUUCCCUCAGUAACCUGGGUGACUGUUUCCUAGCAACCUCAGAAGCCGGGCCCCUGCAGCCCAGAGUGGGAAACCCCAUUGACCACCUCUACUCCAUGCAGAAUUCGUACUUCACCUCUUGAGUCUUCCCCAAGAGUGCUGUGGCUGGGCCUCUGUGUGGAACAACCCUGUUGCAUGAGGGGCGGCUGGCUUUAGGACGGGGAGGUCAGGGAGGAGGGAGGUGGGGGCAGGAAUGCUGUUGUGCAACCAUACGGUGUAGUUCGGCAUUUCCAAAGACUGAACGCAUUAUGAAGUGCAUAGUUUAAUGUUUCUAAUAAGAGUCUUAGUGUUAGGUAUGAAGAUGUGUUUAUCACUGAGGACAGAGAUUUUAAUAUUCUCUUGUAAACUAGAUAACUAGAGACCCCAACAGCUUCCCACCGUUUGGAGGAGGCUCUUGUUAAGAGGUGCAUAUGUCUACCCGUCCAUAUAUCCAUAGACAGACAGACAGACCGACGUGUGCGUGAGUGUGUAACCAUUCAUACUUUGUCAUCAAAGUUUAUUCCUCACCGUAACAGGCACCAAACUGUACAGCAAAAGUAACUUUAUUUUCAGUGUGAACUAUAUUUAAGGAAAUGCUUGAUGCACUUAAGUUAUAAAAUGAGAUGAUUUACUUUUAGAAACUUUAUUUUUAGUGUGAAGAGAGUUGUCUACAGGGCAUGGAGGGCUGCUCCACCUCCGCCGGUAGCGCUGAGGACUUGAGCUAAUUUUGUUUUUGGAGAGUGUGGCCGGCAGCGUUCUCGUCGGGGCUCACUCCCCCUGGGGUUGGAUCCCUGGGCUCGGGUGGGGCAGAACAACCCCCGGUCAUGGUCUCAGAAAAUGCAAAGCCUACGUUUUGGCUUUCUUUUAAAUUCUGACACGGGCUUGGCGGGCUGCACUAGGAAAGUCAGUUCUACUGUGGACCUUAAGCAUCUGUGAGUGUGGAAUGAGGCUCAUCAUAUGUACCUACCUCACUUGGGGGACCCCGAGGCUGAAUUCACACCUGGACACAUGAGCGGGACUGAGACUAAGAGCUGGUGCUUGCUUCAAACACACACAGACCAGUCACUGGGCAAAGGAGAAGCAGGGCUGCAGAGCAGAAGGGCUCCUUGCGCCGAGGCUGGAGGGCAGCUCUACCCACCGCGGUGCCUUCUGCAAAGCCUGGGCUGCAGAUUAUAGCCCGGGAGAGCUCAGGGGGUGUUGGAGGCCUUCGGUGGGGAGGAGGCGAUGGGGGAGGGCACCAUGGUGGUCCAGACCACCAGGGCUUGGCAAACUACAGCCUGCAGGCCUGUGUUUUAUGGCCUGCCAGCUAAGAAUGGUUUUCUACAUUUUUAAGGGUUGUAAAAAAUGGAAAAGAACAGAAGCAUAUGUGACAGAGUGUAUGUGGCCCUGGAAGCCUGAAAUAUUUACUAUCCAUACUGUCUGGCUCUUCUCAUAAAAGGUUUGUGGGCUCCUGUUCUACAGGGUCUGCUUCUAAACGGCCUCCUGGAGCUCGUAGAGGCGGAGGGACUCCAGGUGGAACCCCAGGCCUGCUCCUUCCAGUCUGCUUUGCUGACCUUGAGCACGGAAACCCAGCUGCCAUUGCACACAGGGACGGUCCCCCACCCUGGUCUCCACUGUGGUGCUAGGACAGGCUCCUUCUGUGCUGGGAGCUCCUGUCGGGAAGCGGAGCUGGCAGGGAAGGCGGAGGCCAGCCUGGACUCUCUGCGGGCGGCUCGGGCUCAGCCUCACCCCUGGAGUGUCUUUGGCUUCAGAGUCCCGGACGCAGAGGCCCUUCCCCUCUCACUCCCCGCAAAACCAGAGGGAGCACCCCUCCCAUGGUAGGGUCUGCAUUGUGUGAUUUCUGUGCUCUUGUUUAUAACUUGUGCAAACCACCAAGACACCCAGACCAGUCUGGUGAGUGAAAACUGUGCAGUGCCAUGUGGCUCUGCAAGCUGCCGAGCUAAAGGCCAUUGGAGAAUGAACACAGCAGAUAUUAUGUGAGUGAGCACCAUAGAGCCCCUUCUUCCUCUCCUUAAUGGCGUGCCAAGAUGAAAUUAAAAACCUCUUACAAAUGAGCUGUUGUUUAUUCAGGGGCAGGGAUGGUGGGCACACAACCAGGGGGAUGUGGGUGUUUGUCAACAGGGGCAUGGGGAUGAGCUUACAGUGAAGUGUGGCAGAACCUAAGGGGGACGGGGUCUUCAGCCUCCAGCCAGGAUGAAUUUGAAGAUUCAGCCUUUACACAUUCAUGCAGGAGGUGCUGGAAGCAUCCCAUCCUCACCGUCUAGCUCCCUCCAGGCAGAGGAGUUUGCAGCUUGCAUUGUGAGAACCUUGGCUUGGAAAGCAGAGCAGAGCCACGGAGUGGGAGAGAUCCCUCGUGGUGGCCCGGAGACAGGUGCCUGGCCAGGAUGGGGGAGCGUGGCAACAGGCAGUGGUCUCCCCAAUAGGUCCUCCCCGUGUUCUCACCAGCUGUAGGUGGGAUGUAUGCGUGGG